UUGGCGCACUCCCGAUUUUCUCGGUGCAGCGAGUGCAUGCACGCGUGGGGUGUCAGCGCUGAAACGAACUCGGAGAGUGCAACCACUCGUGGAGUGCCGGCCGAAACGAACCCGUUCCACGCUGCGAGUGGGCACGCGUGGGCACGAGUGCCGUGAAACGAACUCGCUAUAAGUAGAGGCGGCGAUUGUAACGCCUUGUUUUGAGGCGGCGGAAACAAGAACCCUCGUCGUGACGUAACCCACUUUUCUCUCUUUUUUUUUUUUUUUUUUCUGUGGCACGUAAAGUUUACGCGGUAAGUUUACGCGGUACGCUUUUGAGAUAGACGGCUGCCAAAGACGUAGUCGGAUACCCGCUAAGUUCUACCAAACUUUGCACAACAUACGACGAACAUGCUGGCCGCGUGAGGCCGAAUGGACUCUUGCCGCGCUGCAGCAGCUGCGGCUCCAACCGCAGUGUGGAAGCAAAUCGACUGCAAAAUGUGGAAUUUGGACACCCGACCACGCCUAAUCAAACCAUUCCACAGCCCGCUGCGCGAACACCAGCAGAAGUGGCAGCCGUGCCACCGGCCCAACGGCGUGGCUCGUCCGGAGAGAUUACGGUAUGCGGCCUUGGACUCAGCCGACUCAGCCACUCAGCCAACUCAGCGCCAGCUAAUCUGACUGUGGUAGGACCAGUCUGCGAUCCCUCCGGCAAUGCUGGCGAUAAGUCGGGAGAAAGUGCGUCUGGCGGCGGCGCAUCCUCUCCAUGGCCCUGUCGCUCCCUCUCGCACUUGCUGCCUGGCUUGUUCCGCUGUCUCUGCUCGUUUACGCUGCUCUCCGGUCGCCGCCGACGCAAGUGUUCCUGGAGACGACAAGUUGUGCUGCUGCCAUGUCUUUUGUACCAGUCACCGAGGGCUCGGACUUCACGUACGAGAAUCUGCCGUACGGCGUUUUUUCCACGCCAACCAAUAAGAAACCUCGUCCUGGCGUGGCCAUAGGAGACUACAUCCUCGAUUUGAGUGUCGUCAAGCAUUUCUUCACCGGACCACAUCUCAAGAAUUCUCAACAUGUCUUUGACGAGUCCAGCCUCAACAGCUUCAUGGGUCUGGGAAGGCCCGCAUGGCUUGAAGCUCGACAGGUCAUCCAAAAGCUGCUCUCGAAGAAUGAACCCGUCUUGAAGGAUGACAUUGCUCUCAAAGCAAAAGCGCUGGUUCCAAUGUCCCAGGCUACAAUGCAUUUACCAGCACAAAUCGGCGAUUAUACCGAUUUCUAUUCUUCACUGGAGCAUGCCACUAACGUUGGCAUCAUGUUCAGAGGAAAAGACAAUGCCCUCAUGCCGAACUGGAAACAUCUUCCAGUAGGCUACCAUGGACGGGCUUCAUCAAUUGUGGUGUCUGGCACACCAAUUCGCCGUCCCAAUGGUCAGACCAGACCUGAUGACUCCAAGCCUCCAGUGUUUGGGCCCUGCAGGCUGAUGGACUUUGAAUUGGAAAUGGCUUUCUUUGUGGGCCCUGCAUCUUCUCUGGGAGACCCCAUACCUGUGCAGACGGCCGAGGACCACAUCUUUGGGAUGGUGCUCAUGAAUGACUGGAGCGCCAGGGACGUCCAGAAGUGGGAGUAUGUCCCACUGGGGCCCUUCACCGCCAAGAACCUUGGCACCAGCAUCAGCCCCUGGGUGGUGACUCUGGAGGCCCUGGAGGCCUUCCGCUGCCCCAACACACCGCAGGACCCGGCCCCCAUGCCCUACCUCCUUCACAAGGACAACUUCAACUUCGACAUCAACCUCGAGGUGGCCAUCAAGCCCAAGGAUUCCAACGACUCGACGGUAGUGUCAAAGUCAAACUUCAAGCACAUGUACUGGACCAUGAAGCAGCAGUUAGCGCACCACAGCGUGACCGGGUGCAACAUGCAGCCAGGAGACCUGCUCGGCUCCGGAACCAUCAGUGGACCGACGGAGGAUUCCUACGGAUCGAUGCUCGAGCUCUGCUGGAAAGGAACCAAGCAGGUGCCGCUGAAGAAUGGAGAGACCAGAACCUUCUUGAAGGACGGGGACGAGGUCGUCAUCAAAGGAUACUGCCAAGGAAACGGAAAACGUGUCGGCUUUGGAGAGUGCAAGGGAGUCGUCCUGCCUGCCCACCCACUGUGAAAAAAAAGGCUACGGCACUUGCAGGUUUUGGGCAUUUACUCAGCGUAUACAUUUGUAUUUUGAAGCAUUUGAAAUAAAAUACGGUAAACAGGAAA